AUGCGACAUGCUACUUCCCAAACGGAAAGACGAAUUCGGGCUACAGGCAGUGCCCUAAUAGCCUCUCGUGUUGCGCUGAAGGCGAAGCUUGUCUAUCAAACGGUUAUUGCUUCACAGCGAACUUCGGUAUCCUUUAUCGCGGGCUUUGUGCCGAUAAAACAUGGCCUAUUUCAGAUUGCCCAAGGGCGUGUUAUGAAGGUGGCAACUGCUCGCUUCGUCUUUAUGAUUGAUGAAAUCCUCGCUGACUUGCCAUCUGCUAGAAAUUCCCGACGGAUGGGCGAAUAUGUUCCAAUGCAACAGCUCAACGUCGAUUCUGACAUGCAGCCAACAAAAGGAGCCUGCAAACCUGAAAAUGCAUUGAAUACAUACGAGUGGACGGCAGGCAAUGUGACUGCAGCUCAAAUUGGCAUAUCGAAUUAUGGCAUGGUUUCGACCACAACAACCAACUCGACCAAUCCAACAACUACUUCGUCGGGAAAUAAUACGACCGUUACACGAAUAAUUUCCGAGACAUACUCGACCCCAAUAUGCCCAACAGUCGCAUCGGGUGUGUAUGAAAAGUCGGAUCUAAUUGCACUUGGUGCCGGUUUGGGAGCCGGCCUUGGAAUACCUCUCCUGAUCUCGACCUUCCUGCUGAUAUAUUGCGCAAAUGCAAGACGGCGUGAGCAAAAACAGCAAAAGAAUCCUCUCCAGGUGACCGACAACAAAUCAUACCGCUGGACUGGAACACCUUACAAGCCCGCUGAACUGCGUGCUUGGGAGACAAAGCCGGAGCUCAUGGGCUCGCUAGGCCGUCAGGAAUUACCGGCCUUUUAA